ACGGGACAUACAAAGAAAUUUACUUCGAUCUCUACCAAGCACAAAUAUUGUCCCUCAUUACCUCCAUCACCUUAACUAAAAUCUAUAUAUAUAAACACAAAAAGAAAACCUCUUCAACCAAAGAAAAACACAACAGUUUCUCUUUUAAGAUAUCAUCAACAACAUUAUCAUGGCAGAAAGAGAAGGAGCCGUUGUGAAGAAAGGUAACGACGAAAGUCUAAAAACGGCUCUUUCUCUUCUCCAAGAAUUUGAACUACCAGAAGGACUUCUCCCUCUUGCUGAUGUUAUCGAAAUCGGGUACGUGAAAGCAACUGGAUUCAUCUGGAUUGUUCAGAAGAAGAAAGUGGAGCAUAAGUUCAAUUUGGUAAGCAAGCUUGUGAGCUAUGAUACUGAGAUAACAGGUUACAUUUCAAAGAAGAAGAUUAAGAAACUUAAAGGCGUGAAAGCUAAGGAACUCAUGUUAUGGCCACCUGUUAAUGAGAUUACUGUUGAUGAACAACCAACUGGGAAGAUUCAUUUCAAGAGUCUUGCUGGUAUCACUAAGACUUUCCCUGUUGAAGCUUUUGCUGCUGGCCAGUAAUCAUAUCAUAUUAUGAAUUAAUUAAUGUUAUGAGAAUCUACCAAGCCUAUAUAGAUGUUUGGUAUAGAAUAAAAGAAUAAUAGCUUUCUUUCUGUUUUAUUUGGUGUAAUUGGAUUUAAUUCAUGCUUUAUAUGCUAUAGUAAAGUGAUUUGGAUUCGAAUA